CCGCCAUAAAAAUAAAAAGAAAGAAAAAGAAUAUGUCGAAUAUCCGAAUAUCAAACUAACUUCACCUCGGUCUCGGGAGCAGCGGUUUCAACAGUGCGUGAAAACCGAGCGUACAAAUGUCUUUGAUCAAGAAUGAAAAACACUUUGCAAAGGAAUGAUGGAGCUAAUUUUUCAUGUAACCAGACGAUGGCGAUAUGAUCGUCUUUUCUCUUCUCGUCCUUCACAUUUCCCAUAGAAGAAACGUCGUACUCUCAUUUCUCGCGAUGGUUGAGUGACGAGCUAUUUAAGGAAGGGUUAACGUUAGUGUUUACAUGACCUAAUGUCUGAACAUCAACCUUCACCUAAGAUGGCCUUUCAUUCAAAGACACACAAGGACACCAUCCUGAAUAAAUUUGAUAUGCUGAGAAAAAAAGAUAUUCUUUGUGAUAUCACCCUCAUUGUGGAACAAGUGCACUUCAAAGCGCACAAAGCACUUCUAGCAGCCAGUAGUGAAUACUUCUCCUCCCUGCUGAUGGCUGUUGACUUGCCCACUACUUCCCAGGCUGUGUACCAGCUGGAAGGCAUAGCCGCACAGGCCUUUGGGGCAGUACUGGAGUUCAUUUACAGUGCCGGUGUGUGUGUGGAGCAGACUGCCGCUGAGCAACUCCUGAGCACCGCCCGCUUCCUUGGGGUCACUGACCUGCUAUGUGCAGACAGAAAAAAUGAGGGGGCAACUGUAUCCUCGCCAGAAUGUGACAGUGUUGAACUGGUGCCUGUCGGCUGUCAUCAAGACUCAAACGGGGCAUUUAGGAAUAAGUCAGAUGGAGCAUUCAAAAAUGGAGGGGAGUCUGGCUGUGAGGCACAGGCCCCACCAAAGCGUAAGAGAGGGCGGCCUCGAAAGAACACACAGGCAGUUGUCACCAAAGUGACAGACACAGUUGUGGAUGAUGACAUCUCAGCCGAAUCCAAUCAGAUGUCUGUCAGUGAGGCCAAGGCAACAGACGGUCAGGAUGGAGGAAACGACCCUGGGAAUGAAGGUGAGGUCAGCGAGCGUUGUCUGUCUGAGUCACCCAGAGAUGACGGCAAAGACCCAGACGAUGCCGAUUAUGUCCCGUCCACUCAUGGCUUGCGCCACAGCAAGCGUAAGAUCAAGCGGCCGGUGAAGCUGAGCGGUUACCGGGUCGGGGACCAAGCGUCUGAACCAGGGCAUCCUGGGAAGAGAGGCAGGAAGAGGAAGUAUCCCGACACCGAGGCCCGCUGUGAAGACUGUGGAAAGGUCUUUAAGAACCAUGUGUUCUUGAAGGUGCAUCAACGGAUCCACACUGGUGAGAGGCCCUAUGGGUGCCAUAUAUGUGGAAAGGACUUCACUCAGAAACACACCCUCCUGAUCCACCAGCAGAUGCACACCGGGGAGAAGCCUCAUGUCUGCACCAUCUGCAAAAAAGCCCUGUCAACCAAACACUCUCUACAGGAGCACAUGAACUUGCACACCGAGCAGAAGUUGUUCAGCUGUGACCAGUGUGGACGAAGUUUCACCCAGAAGCGGCAGCUAAAGAGCCACUACAGGAUUCACACAAGCCAGUCACUGCCUGAGUGUGCCCACUGCCAAAGACGCUUUCUGGACGCUGCCCAGCUCAAGAAGCACCUGAGAACUCACACGGGUGAGAAGCCCUUCACGUGUGAAAUCUGUGGAAAGUGUUUUACAGCCAAGAGCACCCUUCAGACCCACAUCAGAAUCCACAGGGGGGAGAAGCCGUACGUGUGCAGCGUGUGCGGUAAGUCCUUCUCAGAUGCGAGCGCGCACAGGCGUCACGUGUCCUCACACUCUGGUAAGAAGCCCUUCAGCUGCUCUGUCUGUAGCUUGUCCUUCGCUCGGCCCGACAACCUCAAGGUCCACGCCAAGACCCACAGCAAGGAGUGGCCCCGCGACCCUAGCACGGCCCUGGAGACCCACGAGGCCCCUGGGGAAGGGGUGGUGUUGAGUUCUGGGGUGUCGGGCUCGGCUUCGGACGACGUGCGGGGCCUCAUCCAGCUGCAGCCCUAUCAGGUGCCCGCUGGGGGUGACCAGCAGGAGAUUCAGCUGGUGGUAACAGGCGACGUGGAGAACAUCAACUUUGUUCCUGGCCAGGAGUCGGGGAUCAGCAUCAUCACCACGACGACGACGACGAGCGAGAGCAACGGAGCGGGGGGCGGGAGUGAUCCCCAGGCCGCCCAAAGCCUCACUCUGCUCACCCAGCCGUCGGGGCACCACAUGCUGGUGACGCAGGACACAGGUGACCCCUCCGCAGCACACAUCCAGACCAUCAGCAUGCUGGAGGGCCAGGUGAGCACAGGGGCUGGCGGCAGCGUCGGGCACGGCGAGCAGAUGCACGUCAUCCUCACCAAGGAGGCCAUGGAGCAGCUGCACCAGCACGCCCAGGCGCAGCCCCAGCCAGGCAGCCAGGGGGCGCUACAGCUCCUUCAACCACGCGGCGGCGCCACCCAGCUCCUGCCGCAGCCUCACCACCACGCCGGCCUGCCGCAGCUGACCGUGGCCUCAGACACCACGGCACCCACCCAGGGGGAGAGGGAGAGCCAGGCCAUCCACAUCAGCAGCCAGGCCGGACAGCCCAUCUGCAUCAGCCAGACCAGCCAGCAAAUCCCUAGCCACCACAUCCAGGGCCAGACCUUCCAGAUCCAGGCAGGGAACGUCUCCUACCUGUACACCACCAGCCUCGCCCCCAACACCUGACCCAGGUGUACACCAUCAGCCUCGCCGCCAACACCUGACCCAGGUGUACACCACCAGCCUCGUCCCCAGCGGCAGCAUGAGCUCAUGUAAAGCAAACAGCUAAAAACUGGGAAAUGAAAUCCAGUGUAAAAACUAUUUCUACAGGGUCACUGGUAAUGAUGUCUUCCUUUAAAGGAACCUUCAGUGCCGGUUGCACACAAAAAUGCCUAAUCAACAACCAAUUUCUAUUUUAUUUCUCUCUUCGUUUUAAUCUGUAUUCUUCAUUGUUGUGGAUGUAUUAUGAAUGUUCUAUGUGCCCAUAGUGGCAAAACUUUUAUAUAAAGUUGCCUAUUCUAUAUGUGAAAGAAGUGAGAUGAAAAAAUAUGUUUUGGCUGUAAAGGUUUUUUUUAAUAAAAGAUCAGGGAUACAUUAGAAAAGUAAAGACCUCUAAACUGAAGCCAUAUUCUGUCAUUAAUCAACAACAUGAUUAUACUACAUUUCAUU